AUGGGUCUAUCUCUGAUCAAUUUAGACCGACCUGUGGUAUUCGUCAGGGAGAUCUCUUAUCUCCUUAUUUGUUCUUGUUCUGUAUGGAUGUCCUCUCUAGAAUGCUUCAGUUGGGGAAAUGAUUUAGGUUUCUUUCAAGGUAUUCGACUUACGAGAGGUGGCCCCCAGAUGACACAUCUUUUCUUUGCUGAUGAUGUACUUCUCUUUUUUAUUGCUACCACUGAUAGUUGCUCCCAGUUGGUGAAAGUUCUUAACAGGUUCUGCGGGAUUUCAGGUCAACAACUUAAUUUACAAAAAUCUCAUUUUAAAAUUAGUCCUAAUACCCCUGUAGCUGACCAACAAGGUUUCAAAGAUAUUUUUAAGAUGCAAUUGGUUCAAAAUUUUGGAAUGCAUCUUGGAGUCCCAGUUGAUUUGGUAGGGAAGAAGCAUACUAAUUUUCAGUUCUUAGUUAACAAGGUUGCCGGUAAGAUUUCAGCUUGGAAUUCUUGUCAUCUGCCUCAACCUCAAAAGUUGAUCCUUAUCAAUUAUGUUCUUAUUGUUAUGGUUUCCCAUAUUUUUAAUUGUAUGGAAGUUCCUCUUUCCAUAACGACCAAGCUUGAUUCCAUUUUAACUCGGUUCUUUUGGGCUGGUAAGUCAAUUAAAGAGAUUCACUGGGUUAGUAAGAAAGUUCUCCAGCUUCCUAAAGGUCUAGGUGGCCUGGGCAUUCGAAGUGCUUCAUGCUUGAAUAAGGCCUUACUUAUGAAGCACGUUUGGCGUUUAAGUAGUAAUUCUCAAUCUAUGCUAUCUGCUACAGUUGACCGUAAAUUCUUGAAACCUUUGCAUAUUGGGAUACAAGCUUUGUUGGUCGGACGAUGUCUCUCCUGGGAUAUGCGGGGCAUGGGAAGAGCUUUCAACAAUGUUCUUAGAGCUAAGGAUUGGAAAGUCCAUCAUUUCAUUCAUCCUCUGGGUGCGGGUUGGAAUCAUGAGAGGAUCCAGACAGCCUUUGAAUUCCAAGAUGCUCGCAAAAUAGUUGGUCUUGAACUUCCAACUUCGGAUACUGAAGAUUUUCUUUAUUGGGACUUUCAUAAAUCGGGUAAAUUUACGGUUAAGACUGCCUACGCUAUGCUAGCAGUUGAGGAAUCUUCUGAUAUGAUAAAUGUGCCACAAAAUAACAUUUAUAAGAUGCUUUGGUCUUCGGGUAUCCAUCCUAAGUGGAAAUUAUUUGUGUGGAAACUUCUUCAUAAUGGCUUGGCAACCAAAGUCAAUCUAGGGAGGAAAGGUAUCCAGGUCUCGAUCUUCUGUGAUGUUUGUGGGUGUGACGAAGAAGACAUACAACAUCUCUUCCGGUUAUGUAACUCUGCGCAACAGGGGAUGAGUGAACAUGGUUUUCUUCUGCAUCGAAAACACCCAAAUAUAGGGUUUCUACAUCCUCCAGAGGAUACUUUAGUUUUUCCACCAGGUUUUUUCAGGGCUAUCAUCUCGGGUAUGGAAGACCAGGGUGCUCCAGCUAUAAUCUUGGUGGAUGGUUCGUGGCAUAAGAUUACUGGGAAUGCUGGAAUGGGUUGGGUUCUAGAUGGUAAAUAUCUGCAGGAGGGGAGAAUUUUGGGAGGAGCGCAGCCAGGCACUUCUCAUUCGGCUUUGCAAACAGAGGCUACAACUUGUCUUCUAGGUUUAUGGUGGGCGUCUCAGUCUUUGAUAACAAGAGUUACAAUUUUAACUGAUUCACAUCGGUUAGUUGAACUGUUGCGAGUGGAUGCGAUGUUAGAUGUGCAGAUCAUGUGGACAGUUGCGGAAAUCAAGAAAGUGGGGAAAACCUUUUCUUGGUGUUGCGUCAACAAGGUUGAUCGUCAACAAGUGCACAAGGCCCGUGAGCUAGAAACUGCAGCGUCUACUUCUCAUUUGUGUUUUAAUAAUUUUGCAUAG